AUGCGGCCCCCUGAGGCCAUUUAUCCGGCCCCCGCCGCACUUCAGGAAGGGGCACCUCUUUCAUUGGUGGUCAGUGAGAGGAGCAUAUGUGGGAAUUUUGCUGUCCUGGUGGAUCUUCAUAUAUUGCCGCAAGGUUCAAACAAAGAUACGAGCUGGUUUUCUGAACAGAAGAAAGAGGAAGUCUGUUUACUGUUAAAAGAAACCAUUGCUUCAAGAGUUCAGGAGUACUUGGAAGUUCGCAAACAGCACAGGCCAUCAAAUGCAGAAUUCACGAGAUCCAGUCCCUUGUCCUUAAAAGGUUAUGGCUUUCAAAUCACAGCAUAUUUCCUCAAGAGAGGGAUACGCCUUCGCUGCAUCAGGAGCUCACAGAAUGCUGAACUCCAUGUAUUCCCUGAUAGAUUUGUGGUUUGUGUCAGUCAGCUUGCAUUCAGUCGUGAUCUUCUGGCAAGUCAGAAUGAAGGUUUGACAAAAAGAGUUCUCCAUGGAGUGUCUGAUUACUUUGCUGAGUGUGCAGAGAGUUCACUUCCUCCCAGUGCAAAGCUCCAGAGAAAUGCUCUGAAAGAAAUUGUGAAAAGAACUGAAACAAAAAGCAGUGUCAUGAGCAAAUCACAGCCCAGAAGAGAUACUGUGGAAACAUCUAGUGACUCAGUGAUUGCAGAGAUAGCGAGGAGGAGGAAUAAUGGUCGGGCUUCCUCCAGUGCCACAUCGGAAUCCACAGGACAAGCAAAGAAUUACAUAAAGGCAGCUGAGAGCCACUGGGGGCUUCCUGUUCAAAAGCUGGAAAAAGUUAAUCAGACCCAGCCAGAAGACACUAGCGGCCAGCAAAAACCUCAUCCUGGGGAGCGGUUACAGACAGGGCUUCUAAGCGGGAGCCCUGUCUGUAGCUGUGAGUCAGCAUCAGCAGGUCCAAAACAAAGUCCACGAGUGGCCAAAACCCAACAGAAACGAAGGAACUGCAGCUCUGCGGAAGACUUCGACCACCACAAGAGAGUUUCUCCUGGAAGUGAUCGAUUAGUCCCAAGAGAAAUAAUAGUGGAAAAAAGCAAAGCUGUUAGGGUUUUGCCAGCUUUAGAGCUGUCAGAUCCAGGGUUACUUUUGAAACAAGAUUUGGCAAAAACCACAUCUAAGGAAGAGUUGCAUGUUGUGGAAAGUCUCUCCUCAAGACAUCUUAUGAAAAAUAACCCAGGGCAGGCACAGCAAACCGGCUCAGUCACAAACACUGAAAGAUUAUCUGCAAUUCAGAAUAGCCCAACCAAGAAAAGAAAGAAAUAUGAAAGGGGCCACUAAUACCAAAGAGCAUUGCAGUGCUGGAGUUGGGGACCGUAGUGGGCCAAACCUGUGACAAGAGAGCUGUGUGUAUAGAUGCCGGGAUUUUUAAGGAACUAAUUAGAAUGAUUAAUUUAAAUAGGAAGUAUGUUAUCUGUGUUGUGGCUAUGGUUUGUUGUCAAAGCAUUUCAAACCAGGAGGCUAUAUGCUUGUUCUAACAGCAUUGCUACUUUCUCGUUGCAUUUUAUGUCUGUCUUCAGAGAAUUGGUAUUAUGACAAAGAGCCAUUCACCUUGUCAGGAAGGAGAGUGUAUGCAAGGACUGCAUGAAGAAACUGAUCAUGUGCCCCUUCUUGGGACAUCAGUAUGCAACGGACCACACAGAGACAGUACCACCAUGCUGCCGUUCAGCUCCAGGAGUGCAAUCCAUCCCCCUACUCCUCAGCCUGAGUAGUAAGGCAGUGGACGAACUGUGUGUGGUCCUGGGACCAGCUUCCUUGUCUGGAAAUGUGUUAGAAAUGUGGUUAUUGGGCCCUGCCCCUGCUGAGUAACUACCUCUGGGUGAUUCUGAAACAGGCUCGAGUUUGAGAACCACUGGACUAAUGGAACACUCCCGGGUGCUUCCUCCAGCCUGGCUGCCAUGGUCUCCAGCUCGUCAGGUGGAGGCAGAUGUGGACACGCAUCCCCUUGGACUCUCUCAAACUUGUAAAACACUUAGGUUUGGGGUAUAGAUCACUCUCUUCCCGGGUUCUGCAGUGUGGCAGCCACGGUACCCAGAAAGCUGUUACUUACCCCUAUACUUGUUGAAGUUGAUGGGCAGUUCUUCCCAGUAUGAGGGGAAGACAUUGGAGAGGCUUGUUGUUGCCUAUGGCUCAAGCCUGUCCCAGUCCCUCCUCUCACGUCCACCUCCAGGAUUUUGGUUUGGGACAAACCAAAACCUAAUGAGAACUCAGUGACCAGUUUCCAGUUUUCCAGUUGGAAGGCUUCACACGCAAUUCAGAUUUCAAAACGGGAGGCUUCCCUUUAUAGUCUACCACUGUCUCUGCAGCAUUUGGCAGCUACCCAAGGAAUUCUGGGGUCCUGCAGAAUCCAAGUUUAUAAACCACCAGGACAAGGUGGGGACAGCCUGACUCUAGAACCUCACAGAGGAGCAGAACACCAGCACUCAAAGGCUGCAUGGUGAGGCCAGAACUACUCAUUCCUGGGAACAAGGUGAUGAGUAGAUGAGCCGGAACACCAGGAGCUUGCAACUACCACCUCCUGUGCCGAGAGGAAACCACCCCACAGGUAAAUGUGCGCAAGAGUCAUUUCAGACCACACCCUUACAAUAGAACAUUAAUAUGAAUCUAAGUAGCCAGGAAAAAAAAAAGCAGACAUUAAAUCUCCCUGCUCAUUUCCCAACACCAAUUCCAAACCCUUGAAAACCCUUUCAGUGCGGUGGCCAGUUCCCGUGAUUGCUCACAAUUUACCUCUACACUACAGGCCAUUAAUCCAGUGGUGUUUAUUCAAGCAGUAUUCACACUUGCUGUUGAAUAACAAGGGAAUCAAGGCUCCCCUAGAUGAGGCUCCCACAGCUUCAGUUUCACAGCAGCCCCAGGUCAUUGAGAACUUCAGAUGAGUUUUGUGGUUGAAAAGCCUUUCAGUUCUUCCUCUGUGCUUGUGGCAGGCGGAGCCUAUUAUACCCCGAUUACCAGAACAGACUCAGUGGGGUGGCAGAAGCUCACGGCAAGGCCGGGGAGAACUAUGUAAGCUCAGAAGAGGCCACACUGUUCCAUGUUUUCAUACAAAAAAAUUUAAUAAAUAUUACUUUUCAAAAUUUAUUGCCAGGAACAACACAUCAAAGAUGCAUUUUUAUGUUCAUAUAACACUAAUAGGACAAUACAAAGUAUCUUCACGGUCUCAAUGGUGAACCAACAAGAUUACUCUGUUUUAUAAGCCUUUUUGAUCUCGAGCUUGGUAAUAGCACUUUGAUUUCCUCACUUAAGGCAGGCAGUGUACUCUAUGGCAAAUCUAAACAGUGAUCUUACUGGACAUUUUAUGGUUCAAGUAUUCAACUAGCUUAUUAGAAUACUCCCUAAAUGCAGUAGAU